CUUCGAGAAGACAUUCUUCGGCUUCCAUACGAAACAGCGAUCUUCCAUUCAACCAACGUCCUGAUUUCACGCACUAGCAGUCGCUCACAUUCCAACUUUGCAGGACGCGAAAUCACAUCCGAAAUCAAGACUUGACCAUACUUGUGGCCAUGACACUACCUAGCUGGUCGAGCGCGUUCAAGGUCACUAGGACAAGCUCCAGUAGACGUGUGAUUUCCCGUGGCAUUGCCAGGCAACAUUCAACGCGCAGAAUGUCUACCGUUACUGCAGAUGCGCCGCCCACCCCCUCAGGCAACCUCCCACUGUCAGGAGUCCGGGUUCUCGAGCUUGGACAACUCAUUGCUGGCCCAUUCUGUGGCCAAUUGCUGGGACAUUUUGGUGCAGAUGUAAUCAAGGUUGAGCCACCUUCAACUGGAGACCCGCUACGAGUAUGGCGCGAACUUGAUAUUGACGGAACGAGCCCUUGGUUUCGAAGCCUCGCGAGAAAUAAGAAGAGCAUUGCUAUUGACCUGAGAAAACAGGAAGGAAGAGAAAUCGUGAAGCGGCUGGCUGUGAGCAGCGAUGUCAUAAUCGAAAACUUCAAACCUGGAACCCUGGAAAAAUGGGGUCUUGGGCCACAAGAGCUACACAAGGAGAAUCCUUCCCUGAUCUUCACCCGUGUCAGCGGAUAUGGUCAAACAGGUCCAUGGGCUUCACGACCAGGAUAUGCGUCUGUAUGUGAAGCUGAGUCGGGAUUUCGCUUUAUAAAUGGACAGCCAGACCCGAAUACCGGAUUGCUUUCGGGUCCUCCAAUAAGACCUAACAUCAGUCUUGGUGACUCUGUCGCUGGUUUACACGCAGCGUUUGGCACUGUGCUGGCAUUGUUGUCGAAGCAGAAAAAGGCUUCACGAGGGGAGCAAGGUGGUGAGACGGUUGAUGUGAGCAUUAUGGAGAGCAUGUUGAACCUGAUGGAAGGUAUAAUUCCGGAGUACGACCGUAAAGGCAAGGUCCGUGGGCCAUCAGGUUCGUCGGUGACCGGCAUAGUUCCCACUAACGCCUACCCCUGCCUCCCAUUACCAUCAACACCCACCUCGCCAACAUAUAUAAUCAUCGGUGCAAAUGGAGAUACCCUCUACGCACGACUUAUGCAUGCCAUAGGCCGUGAAGACCUCAUAGGAGCGUCAUAUGCUCAAAAUCACCAUCGCGUCGCACGGCAAGGUGAAAUCGAAGAAGCCAUUUCAGCAUGGACCAGUCAGCGGCAGGUUGAAGAAGUUCUGACCAUUCUCGAGGGCGCUGGCGUCCCUGUCGGACGUGUCGUAGGCGUGAAAGAGAUCGUAGAAGGUGAACAAGUAAAGGCCAGAGGAGCAGUGGAGGACGUAGAGGUUGGUAAGGAUGGAGAGGGAUGGAAAGUCAAGAUGCCGAGAGUGUUUCCUGUGCUCGAAGGCUGUGAUACGAAGACCAGAUGGGCAGGACCUGACUUGGGUGCACAUACAGAUGAAAUCUUGGGAGAAUUAGGGCUGAGCGUUGAAAGUAUCAUCCGAUUGAGAGAAGAGGGCGUUAUUGGUUGAGUUAAGCGGGCCAGGUGAAAUUGACACGGUCCUGCCGCGGUCGCGGCGUCCCCAGUGUGGGUAAUGAAUGUCAAUAAACUUCUAUACAUAUUCCUACCAGUACAAUUCUACAAGGUCAGAUACUCAUUCGUUACUACCGGAUAGUGUCACCUUCGCCUCUGCAAUCAUA